CAAACGGAAUCGGUCACGAGACUUUCUGUCAACACUGAGAUCAAGUUUGGGUUGCAUAAAACCCGCCUGCGUGCUUUGUUGCUGACACAAUCAAGACAAUUUUUGGUAACCGACGCAAGUACUAAGUUCCAGAAACAAGGUGUUUUAUUCUUCAGAUAGAUUUCCACAGUUUGAAACGAGUGACCUCAAGAUGAUGAGAGUGGCAGUGUUUUGCGCCCUGAUGGUGGUAGCCCUAGGCAUGCCCUUCAACUUCAACACAGACUUGGAUGGAGAAUGGGAGCUCUUCAAAAAGGUUCAUAACAAGAGGUACUCCGGAUUCGGGGAGGAGGCAAACCGACGAAGCAUAUUUGAGUCCAACGUGAAGCUGAUCACAAUGCACAAUCUGGAGUAUGACCUGGGAAACCACACCUACAGGCUAGGCAUGAACUUCUAUGGAGAUAUGACAGGCAAGGAGUUCACACAAGUGAUGAACGGUUACAAGACCAGAGCCAAUCCUCCCAAAGCGACCAUGACCUUCCGAGAGCCACAGAAUGUCCAGUAUCCUACCACGGUGGACUGGCGAACUAAGGGCUACGUCACCCCCGUCAAGAACCAGGAACAAUGUGGUUCCUGUUGGGCCUUCAGCGCUACUGGCUCUCUUGAAGGGCAGAACUUUGCGAAGACCAAAGUGCUGCCAGACCUGAGCGAGCAGAACCUGGUGGACUGCUCCUACGUGGAAGGGGACGACGGAUGCAACGGUGGACUCAUGGACGACGCCUUCAAAUAUGUCAUAUCAAACAAAGGAAUUGACAAGGAGUCUUGCUAUGUAUACAAAGCUAAGGAUGAGAACAAGUGUCAUUACAACGCGUCGGAAGAAUGUAUUACAGGUCAUUGCACUGGUUUUGUGGAUGUGCCGACCGGCAACGAGACAGCACUGAUGGCAGCUGCUGCCACCAUUGGACCCAUCUCAGUCGCCAUUGAUGCCAGCCACAACUCAUUCCAGCUCUACUCAGAGGGUGUGUACAACGAGCCAGAAUGCAGCCCCACAGAGCUGGACCACGGCGUGUUGGUAGUUGGAUACGGUGUUGACCAAGGCAAAGAUUACUGGCUCGUUAAGAACAGUUGGGGUGCGAGCUGGGGAAUGCAGGGCUACAUCAUGAUGAGCCGCAACAAGAACAACCAGUGUGGCAUUGCAACAUCUGCCAGCUACCCCCUGGUAUAGGAAUGUCAUGGCUGCGACUGCUGUUUCCACCCCAGGAAUUGGGAAAAGCCUUCUGUUUUUUCUGGGAUAAAGAAGGGAACCUAUUGCGUUUGCUACAGGCAAAUUAAUUAUGCACUUUGCUUUCAAUUUUGUUAUCCUUAAAUUUGAACUUGAUUGAAAAAAUUGUUUUUCAUUACCGAAUCAAAUGUAGUUUACUUUAAAAAAAAUGUACUGGAGCACUUUCAUCUCUCAUUUGGUAUUGAUAACAUUGGCUAUGGACUUUGUGCAUGGCCUAUAGAGGGCGCCUUGUGACCACCAAUGACAUGUCUGUGUGCAGGUAACACUGGCUGCACUGAGUUGUGCAUAUGGUACUCUAUGCGCACUACUUAUUUUAUUCUGGAUGUGCAAAAACCUUCACGUCUUUGCGUGAAUGCAACGUGUACAGUGGCAAUGCAUUCUCUUCUUUUUAACCGUUAAUUAGAGGGCACUUGUGCACAGAGUCCAAUGUCUGGAACUGAUUAAGGAGGUUCUUUUUUGGUCGUCCUUUGAAAAGUCUUGUUAGUCGGGUAAACUGCAUAGAAAUCUGUGCUGCUAAAUACUGCUUGCAUUUUGGAGGUUUUCACUGACUGUUGAGUUUCAUUGACUGUAAAUCCUUGUUUUUGAUACUGAAAAGGUAAAAAAAACCACUUCUUAGGGGCAAAGGACUAUGCAACAUUUCUGUUGUACUGAAAAAAUUCUUUCCAUCCGAGUUGGCAAGUCUGCGUUCUUUAAGCUUUUCAACUUUCACCGCCAACUUAUGCCAAAUUCUAUUAAACUGCAUGUUGCUUCGAUAUACUGAUUGCUUAAAAAUUGACUUGUGCUCUUUCUUCUAUGUGUAUACAAUGUACGUAGUUUUGGUUUCGUAUUUUGAUUUUCAGGGUUGUCAUGUGUUGCACUGGUAAUAUUGUUAGUAGUAUUAUUAGAAAUUUGCAUCCAGGGUUCAUUGCACUUUUUUUCUUCUUCAAACUUAAGUGUAUUGUAGUCAGGGUUUUUACUUUUAAGUGUGUGUGUUCAGCUUGAAUAGAAAUAUUUUUGGAUUUUUUUACUCACAUUAUUUUGUAUGUGCAGGUACUGUUAUGUGUUUGUAUUUAAAGGUGGAGGGUUUUUUGUGGUUGAGUUUUCUUUCAUUUUUUGAAGUAGGAAUGUGUUCACUAUAAGACGUAACUAGAGUUUCAGUUUUUGGACAUUGACACAUUGAUACGAUUUCAGAUUUUUACCAGUUUUUGUGUGUAAAUCAAUCAUGAUCAGAUUUUUUUUUAUAUUAUGAAACACAAUUCAUUGGAGCAACAGUGGCAAUUGUUAUUACAUGUAAUUAUAGAAACAUAGAAACAUUGACAAUCAAAUCCGGGCUAGCCAUAUUCCAGUCUCUUAAGAACAUCAAACUGCUGUUAUCAUUAAACUUGAAAGCCACGUUUUUAUUAAUGAUCAGGUUUUAUUGGUGUAUACAUGUAUUUUACAAAAACAGCUUUUAUCAUGUUAAACAGCAUUGCGUCUUUUCCUAGAAUGUAUUCUACACCAGUUUUUCACACAUGCCAAGCCUUUAAGUAUGUCUAUAUUCAUAUACAUAUCGUACCCAGUACUUAUACGUGGAUUACCUUGAAAGAUUGACAGUUUUUUUUAUGAAAUGGAAACGAUUUGCCAGACAAAAAAACUGCUUUGUUUCAUUUGGUAUGUAAUAAUGUAUAUUUGCUAAUAAAAAAAUGGAUGAAAAUAAACCUGAUUAUACAGUUACACUUUA